AGCUUCCUGAGAGGGGCUCUCUAAGCAGGGGAAAUGAAGUCACUGCUGCCGGCUGUCUUGGUGCUGACCUUUUUUGAUCUAAGAGCAGCAGAUGACAGAAAGCAUUCUCCCUGCAGCAACCCCCUCGGGGACUCGGGCCCAGUCUCGGAGACGGCCUUCUCUGCUACAGCCCCCCGCUUCAACGCUGAGGAAGCCUAUUCUGCCCAUAUGCCUGAGCACCUUCAAUGUGAUGCCUGCAGAGCGAUAGCCUUCCAGAUGCAGAAAUACCUGAAAAAAGCAGAAUCCAAACGGUCAUCUGCUAAAGCGCCGGCCGCUCGCCUCAGCGAGUCCGAAUAUGUGGACACACUGGAGAACAGCUGCUCGCAGAGCUGGGAAAGCUAUGGAGUGAAAGAAGUGGGGGGCGUGAAACGCUUCGCAGGGCCUGGCCUGAAGAGCCAGGAGACCAUGAGUGUCAUGAUGACGGGUGGACCAUGGCCAGCAAGGUUAUAUAAGCUAUGCCACAGCUACCUGGGUGAAUUUGGGGAAGAGCAGAUCUACGAGGAGUACCGACGCAGGCCGGCUGCCUUGGCAGAGUUCCUGUGCGCCGAAGAGCAGAGCACCUGUACAAGACUUCGCAACACCAAGGGCAAAAGCCUAAACAAAGCGAAGGCUCUGCAGAUUGAACUGUAGUUCUGCUCCCGCUCAGGGAAGAUUGGCAAGUAGGGCUAAGCUGACGAGUGUGUUCCAUCAGCCUGGCUUCUGCCAAGGCAGAUUGGCCAUCAAAGGAGACCAAUGUGAUGUUUCUGGGCUUUCCCCCAAAAAAGAAAUGCUUCCAGGCUCUUUUACAUUGUUGCUAUUGCUUAAAAAAGAUCAAUCCCUGUAGCCUCGCAGGGCUGACAGGCAACCCAAUA